AUGGCGCUUUUAAAGUCUUUUGUCCUUUUUGGACUGUUGCAGUUUGUUAACGCUGCGGCGACCAAAUCAUCUACCCCGAAAAUAAGCUGGGGAGAUUGUCCGACUGGAGUUCCGCCUGGUGUUGAUUGUGGAAAGAUCAAUGUCCCUCUUGCGUAUCAGAAUGGAAAUUCGACCUCUGCCAAGGGAGACGAUACGGUUGAGCUGGCCUUCACGCGCUUGAACCAUACUGGCAAAGGCGAGAAACAUGGUGUUUUGUUCUUCAACCCCGGUGGACCUGGUGCAUCUGGAGCUAUCCUCGUUGCUGGAUCGCCAUACGUCUCGGCGAUUUCUUUCUCGGAUGAACUUCGCGAUGCAUACGACAUCAUCGGUCUUGACCCCCGUGGUGUUGGUAUAAGCACUCCUGUGCGAUGUGACCCCAAGGUCUUCAACAAGAGGGUCAAGACUUUCGUUGCCACGGAUGAAGAGUACGAUGCAUUGUUCAACUACAGUCGAAGCGUUGGUGAGAGUUGUGCCAACCUCACUGGUCCUCUUAUCAACCAUCUCGACUCCGUCCAUGUGGCAAAGGACCACGAAGUCGUGCGCAAAGCUCUUGGUGUCGAGAAAUUCAACCUUCUCGGCCUCUCAUACGGAACACUCCUCGGUGCAACAUAUGCAUCUCUGUUCCCCGAAUCCGUGGGCCGCAUGGCUCUCGACGCAAACGUGGACCACUCCCAGUCCGAGAUAGCAACCCUCCUCGCAGAAGCAACCGCCUACGAGACUGUCCUCGACCAAUUCCUCAAAUGGUGUGAUCACAAUUCCACGUGCGGGCUUCACGGGAAGAAUGCCAGCCGCGUCUGGGAUGAAACUCUCGCUCGUGCUGAUUCCAAAGCUAUCCCUGCACCAGGCUGCAACGGUACAUGUCGCUCUGACGUGACCGGUGAAGAAAUUCGAUACAAUGCACAAGAGCUUCUGACCUUUGUUGAUGUAAACCUUGGCUCUGGUACGUGGGCUACUCUUGGAGAUGCUAUUCUUCAAGCUAGCAAGGGUAACGCAACGUUGCUGUCGACUUCGACUCCUAGUGGGAAAGUCGUGAACAAUCCUGGCGGUUCUCCAUAUAGUUACCUUGCCAUUGGAUGUCAAGACUGGUUGCACAAGUCCAAGACCUCUGUGGACUUGCGCCAGAAGCUCAUCAGCGGCGUGACGUUUGCUCCGAGAACAAGGGGUGCCACGCAGACGUAUUACUAUGAGAGUACAUGCAUCGGCUGGCCUGCACCGUUGACGAAUCCACAGGGACCCUUGGCAGAUGGCAUCAAGCAUGCUCCUACUAUUCUGAUUGCGGCUUCUGUGUAUGAUCCUGAGACGAGUCUUACUUGGUCUGAGGGGGUGAGAGAGCAGUUGACGCGUAGAGUGAGCAUUACGAGGAAUGGAGCUGGACACACAAGUCACUACCUCAAAGGCGAUACCAGUAAGGCCAUAGACCGGUAUUUGGCGACUGGAAAGCUGCCUAGGGAUGGUACAGUCUACAGGACUUGA